GUAAACUCACAAUCCGUCUCGGCUCCUCGGACCAGACGCAACGGGUCGCAUUAAUGCCAAGAAGGAAAAAAACAGAUCUUGAUUGUUUUUCUUCUCGUUUCCUUAAUUCCAUGAUAAAAGUCCGUCCGAUUGGCACGGAUCAAAGAGGCUGUUUUUUCUUUUAAUAAUCUGCAGCGUGGAUUACGCACGGCGUGGAUGGUGGGAUUUAAGAAAGUUCUCAAACUCUCAGGAGUACAGACAAAUCAACUUUAUAAAGACAGGAAAUAAGAUUUUAUUGUUGAUAUAUCUGGACUGUUUGAUAGUUUGUAAUUAGGUCAAUGUUUUUACCUUUCAAUUAAGAUUUUUUAUGGAGUAGAUUAAAGUAAGACUUUGACCGAACCCCGAAGAUCAAACGUAGUUUUAGCUUUAUGCCUUGGGGAAUGGCAGCAGCCACUUCCAGUCCCUAUUUGGCCAGCAGCAGGAUUUUAUCCGGUCCUAUCCUGCACUCUGACCGGCGACUUGCUGGUAUGCAACCGAGCAACACCUCCGGCGCAUACAGGAGGGACCCAUCGGACAAGAUGGUGCAGAGUGCAGACUUUAUGCAUGGAGCCAUGGUGGCGAGCAACGGCGGGCACAUGCUGAGCCAUGCCCACCAGUGGGUGACAUCGCUGCCUCAUGCAGCGGCCGCUGCUGCGGCUGCAGCCGCGGCAGCUGCAGCAGUAGAGAAUGCCUCUCCUUGGACCCCCAGCUCCCAGCCGCAGGAGGUAAAGCGGAACAGGGAUGACCUGCAUUCUGGCUCCGCUCUACACCACAGGUCCCCGCAUCUGGGAGUCCAUCAGACGCACGCUGGAACCUGGGGAGGCAGCUCCGCUGCGCACAUCAGCGAGACGCAGCAGCAGCAGCAGCAGCAAUCUCUGGUUUAUUCCCAGCAGUCAGGGUUUACAGUCAACGGGAUGCUGAGCUCCCACUCUGGACAAAGCCUUGUUCACUCCGGGCUGCUGCGCGGAGACUCCCCUGAGCUGGAUCACCACCAUCGCCAUCAUCACCACCAUCACACGCACCAGCACCACGCAGUGGGCCACGACCCACAGUCCGACGAGGACACGCCGACGUCGGACGAUUUGGAGCAUUUUGCAAAACAGUUCAAGCAACGACGGAUCAAACUAGGCUUCACUCAGGCAGACGUGGGCUUAGCGUUGGGGACCCUGUACGGCAACGUGUUCUCCCAGACCACCAUCUGCAGGUUCGAGGCUCUCCAGCUGAGCUUCAAGAACAUGUGUAAACUGAAGCCCCUGCUCAACAAAUGGCUCGAGGAAGCCGAUUCCACCACAGGGAGCCCCACCAGCAUCGACAAGAUCGCCACGCAGGGGAGGAAGAGGAAGAAGCGCACGUCCAUCGAGGUGAGCGUAAAAGGCGCGCUGGAGAGCCAUUUCCUCAAGUGUCCAAAGCCGUCCGCGCAGGAGAUCAACUCCCUCGCAGACACGCUGCAGCUGGAGAAGGAGGUGGUUCGGGUCUGGUUCUGCAACCGCAGGCAGAAAGAGAAACGCAUGACGCCGCCUGGACUUCCGCGCACCCCAGAGGACGCGUAUUCUCAGGUGGGGAGCACUGGUCCGGACACUCCGUCCCCUUCCUUAGACUGCAAGAGGAUGUACAGCGAUACGUGAAAACAACCAGGAUCAACUGACACACAGAACUGAGGGCGAGGAGGAGGGAAAAAUGGUUAAAUGACUUACCAGAAUUUCUGGAGAUUUUUUAUAACUUAAACCCAUUCACAAACUUUGUGUUUUUGUAUUUGUUUAUGUCAAAAAGGAAAAAGUCCACCUUUGUGUUUGUUAGAUAUUUAUCUGUAAUAACAUCUCUGGGACAAGAAAAAAAAAAAAAAACUUCUGCAGAAAAGCAAGGACAAGGUUACAGAAAAAUAUUUUGUUUCUAAAUUGUAAAAAAUCUUUGUGUUCCUGCCUAAUUUAAUAUGCACCAUUAUACCUGAAAACACAUUUGCCAAAAACAUAUAUAAUAACACUUAUUCAUCAAAUAGUUGUUCUUGUAAACCAGCAAUAAUGAUUUAAACGUCUCCCAUUCUUAUUUUGUGUUGUAUUUAAGUGAAAUUAAGCUGUGACUAAAUUACAAAGUGUAGUUUAAUACUAGUUCUCUUUUCGCAGACAUUCCCGGGACUGUAUGUGAGGUCUGCUGUGUUCCCCUGUGUGGAGAGUCAGUCUAUUUAUUUUCCCCGUUUUCAUUAAAGAUCAAUUAUUUAAUAAAUUAAAA